UAUUAUUCUCUUGUGUUUGAGUUUCGCACAUGACGACCAAGAUUAUAUGUGGUGUACCUGUGCAAAAAAAGUGAAGAGAUAACGAAUAAGUUGAAUAUGUAUGAUAAAGUGUAAAGCCAUGUAACGGCAUAAAUUUUGGAAUGGAUGUAUUCAUAUUUCUAACAACUUGGUGGAAAAUUGUAUAAUUAGAAAUGUUAGCGUAACAAAGAACGAAUCGAUAACUCCUUUUUCCCUGCAUUUUCCCAUCAAAAAGUCAUUUUCGAUGAACCUCACGAACGCGGAGUGUCUUCUUCAAUUGUUGUAUUUCUUCAGCUGCCACUUUCAAAGUGAUUUGAAGAAUAUUAACAUUUCUUGUUCUGGUAAAAACUAUCUGGAAUAGGAUCAAUGUUUGUGAUGUUUUGCACUAAAUCGAAUGUCCAUAUUUUUUCACUAAUGAUAUAAUGUUUAAGUGAGCAUUAAUAUCUAAUGUCCUAUUUUGGGAUCUAGAGGACGUUUAUGAUAAUUCAGAGUUUCAUUUAACGAACACUGUUUACUGGCGUUCAUCUUUGUUAUGAGACAAGAAAUAUAAAAACAAUUUUUUUUUGCAAACAUUUCAGUUUUAUUUCAUAAUCAAAUUCUGCUACAGGUGCUAUUUUUUCUCUGGCUUGUGAAUUUUAUGUCACGGGCCAUCAGUAUGUUUUAGGACAAAUGAUAAUAAUGAAAAAAAUUAAGUAUCUUUGGUGUAAAUAACAUUAUUGACCUGUAAAAUGGCGAAAAAUAAGAUAAUCUAAAAUAAACGUUUCGCUUUCAAAACACCCACCGACCCAGGUUACCAGCUACCAACUAAAUGCUUAUUUGAGUGAGUUGCAAUAGUUUCUGUCAAUCAAUCUUAAGUUCCCACGGCAACCCAGUAAACAAAUGUAGUCUAUAAAGUUAUCUUUCCUUCCAAUUUCGGGUUCAGUUCUAGCUGGGAUUUCAUCGGUACAUGUUCAUUGGAUAGCGGUCUCACACGUAGGUGAGUACAGCUUUUCUUAAAAUAAAAAUAACUGCUUUCAAUUAACUUACAUCACCUAGAAAUACCCAAAAAACAAUUUAAGACAUGGGGUGUAAGAUAUGGGUGUUGACUUCAAAAAUUGACGGCAAAAAUAAAAAUAAUGAUACUGUCCACGAAGUCAUAUUGAUUAGAAACAAAGUCUGGCUUCAGAAAACACACUAUUUCAUUCGACUUUUAAAGUUUGCUUUUAUGCAGAUUUUAGCCUUCUUUCUUUCGAAACUCAAUUUACUGGUGCUAGUUUAUAUCUGACGACGAUAAAACAGAUAUUUUCCUUUCUUGAUAGUUAUCGUGGCUCAGUUGGCUUGCUCAAUCUUUAUAUCGUACACAUUUAAUUAUUGUUUAUUGGAUUUUUAAAGAUAUUUUUGCUCGAGAUUCAUUUUGGGACCUCGUUACCGAUCGGUCAGAUGUUUUGUCCCUACUCACAAGUUACGAAUUUGGGAACGACUCAUUACGAAAACAGAAAAGGAAAUUUUAAAAAAGGCUGUUAGGGUGCUACAUUUGAUUUUUCUUUUAUGCUCUCCAUUCACGUACAAUAUAAGAUCUAAAAAACUUUCUUAGGAGCAUCACGAAAUAACCUUGACAUUUCAAAAUUAUAAUUCACAAUAUCUUUUUUCUAUUUUAUAUAAUAUUUUAUUUUUCGCUUUUUGAGAUUUAGAGAUACGUAUCUCGUUGCGCGGCUAAAUCAAAUGGAAUCUGAUAGAUAAAAGAAGAAUUUGUCAUCUUUGAGCAAAGGAUGCGAAGAAAAACACCUAAGUUUGACCGGUGUUGGUCAAAUUCUCGACCGUUCUUGCGUUCCGUGCGGGCACACAACUUCCGUCUCAGGAUCUUCAAUUCCCCUCCCAUUUAAUCUAGAAUCGGUUCUCGCUUUUGCCGUUGGCGAAACGGUGAAAAAAGGGCCAAUAAACAAUCUUUAUUAAUCCAUGGCACAAUUUUCAUGAAAUCAAAAAGGAUAAUGCGGUGUUGACAAAAGGAUUAUAUGUACUUUUUUUUACUUGACCAUCGGAAACCAGCCUCUUGAUCACUUUUGUUUGCUCACUUAAUCCAAACAAUAAAGAAAAGUUUUAAUUUGCACUAUUUGCUAGUGGUCUUUAUGGCUUUGCGCCUUCAAUCAGACUUCUUCACAGAUAUUGAUCAGGAAAUAUAGAGCUCGCAAACAGCCUCAUAAUCAAUCGAGUUCACCGAAAUGGUAGACGCAGCCUUUGGCAGGAUUUUGACAGGACACUCGUUAAACAAUCUUCACACACAUUUGCACGAAAAUGGAAAUGCAGCGUGUGCAUUAGGCUCGAUUUCCAGCUCGAAGAGGCCUAGCGAUAGCUGGAAAUAACGCCUACGUAUUUUGCAAUGAUGAACUGCCAGGGACGGUAGCUUAACAUGAGUCAUGAGUGACGCUCACCCCAGUUUAAAAACUCAUUAAUCGCGCAAGCGCAAAUUACUUGUUCCAUUUAUUUCUAGAGCUUUUGGCUUGGAUUAUGUAUCAUUUUUCUUAUUACCGUCUUUUCAAACUUUAUAAAGAUAACAUGCCCUACCCUCGUGCCCAGGGCCUCCCUGAUGACCAAAUCACCGAAUAGGUGAGGGGUUAAGGACGAAGGGGAAUGAAACGUUUUGAUCAUGAGCUACCAUGUUUUAUUUCCAAAGAACUGCCUGCAUUGAAUCAUGGGCCAAAAUGCUACUCAUAACGCGAACUCGACCAACACCACCAGUUCUCCACGGGGCCCCACGCCGCAGAGUAUCCCAAUGUUUCGUCAGGGACAACCGCGGGACGCCAUUUAUGCAGAAUUAUCCAGCGUGGCGGUGCUGAGCUUCUUCGUGAUUCUCCUGAACACGAUGCUGAUCGUGGUCAUACAGCGGAAGCUCAAGUCGAUACCGUACCUCAUGAUACAGAACAUCGCUGUUGCAGACUUGAUGAUAUCCUUACUUAAUGGCCCAACACUGUGCUUCGGAGUACUUUUGGAUCCAUUUGGCCUGGCUUUUCAAAGUGUGUGUAACAUUCAGGGAUUCCUACACAACUGGUUUUGCCUGGUUUUUCUCUGCACCGUGUCACUGAUCGCUGUGACAAGGGCGAUGCUGGUUCGCUACCCUGAAUUAUACGCGAAGCUCUUCCAGAAUAAGCUAGUGUUUAGGCUGCUCAUGGUUGGUCUUUGGGCGGUGAGCGGUCUUCUCGCUACUCCUCCAAUUAACACUGGCAUCUUGGGCUCGUACAAGCGAAUGGAGGCCACGUGCUGGUUGGCAUGGGAACCCGACAAGAUUGCGGACAUGGUCUACAAUGUCCUGAUAGGCUUGUUGCCCCUUGUUGGAGCCUUGACAUUCGUGGUGCUCGCAUUCGGAGCUAUAAAGAUGAAUGCGGUUGCUCCGGCUCAGCGUGAGCCUCCUAUUGCCGCAAAGAGUUUCUCGGUAGGAAUCGACCUCCCUGUGUGUGCCAAACCGAAUCCUUUGCCUACGCCCAAGGUGGCCAUCGUUCCCAUGAACACCGCUGUCCUGAAAAUCGCCGCGGCUCAGCUUGCAGUUUACAUCAUCCUCUGGGUUCCCUUCACUGUCAUCGCUGCCCUCUUCCAGGAGAACAAGCUUCUCUUUGACGUCGCUACAGGCUUUACCUUUGUGUUUCUCUUCUUCGCGCGCGGGCUAUUCAACCCGAUUAUGGUGUUUGUGUUCAGCGGAAACGUGGCCAGUGAGGGUUACAAGUUGUAUUUUAAAUGCAACUGGCAGGCAGGAGAAAUCCCUGGGACUGCUUAGUAAGGCUAAGUUCAAACGUCGUAUUAUCCAUGAGCCGUAUUCAAUGCAAAUGCAUGCAAAUAAAAAUGAAACAUUCGACUCGAUUUAUUUGCAUGCAUUUUCAACAUUUUGAUAAGGGGGGCGUAAGGGGGAUGCGAAAACCGCACAGAAAAACGCAAAAAAUCGCAAACCGUCGCAAAAGUAAACCGCGCAGUUCAGAGAAACCGCAAUACCGCGGAAUAAAAUACCGAAAACAGAUUAAAGGCAAAACCGCAUCACCGCAAACCGUUACGUCCCCCUCUUUGAUUGACGGGAAGUGUUUGAAGUUUGAACGUUGAGACUUCAUCUGAGGUGUAAAUCAACACAAGGUUGAAAAGGUAUGUUAAACGCCUUUGUGAAACGGAGUAGUUGCGCUGACGUUUCGAGCGUUUAGACCGUCGUCGGAGCAUAAAGUCUGUUUGACAGAGGAAUUUAACAUACCUUUUAAAGCUUGUGUUGAUUUACAUCUUGUCUUACACCACGCCUACGCAGACCACCUAGUUUUUCUACAACUUGUCUGUAGUCUUUCUAGUUAUAUCACCUAGUUUUUCUACAGCUUGUAUGUAGUCUUUCUAGUUAUACCAUUCCUCUGAGGUGGCCGCAUGGUAAUGCAAACAAGGGUAAUAAAAAAGAUGAUAGUUUUAGUUCCACUUUAGCUAUACAGAACUAGAUACCUUCUUCUAGCCAUACAGGACUAGCUAUUCACAUCUUGCUAUACUGAACUAGUUAUCCACUACUAGCCAUACAGGACGAGCUAUUCCCUUCUAGCUAUACAGGACGACUAUCUAUCUUCUAGAUAUACAGGACGACUAUCUAUCUUCUAGAUAUACAGGACGACUAUCUAUCUUCUAGCUAUACAGGACGACUAUCUAUCUUCUAGCUAUACAGGACUACUAUCUAUCUUCUAGCUAUACAGGACUACUAUCUAUCUUCUAGCUAUACAUAGAACUAUUAUCUAUCUUCUAGCUAUACAUAGGACUGAUAUCUAUCUUUUAGCUAUACAUAGGACUACUAUCUAUCUUCUAGCUAUACAUAGGACUACUAUCUAUCUUCUAGCUAUACAUAGGACUACUAUCUAUCUUCUAGCUAUACAUAGGACUACUAUCUAUCCAGUUUUAGCUAUUCAGAACUAGUUAUCUACUUCUGGCUAGAACUAGCUAUACCAACUUUUUCUUUAAUUUUGCUUUUCUACUAACUUUGAUCAUUUAUCUAACUUUUAUGUUUUUAUCAGGAGAAUUCAACUAUCUUGUUUUAUUUAUAUUUUUAUUAAGCGUUGAAGGCGCAGAGAUGUUGAACCGUGCGACUGUAGUCAUAGUAACUAAGCCUGAUGUACAAAACGAUUAUAGACAUUUAUCGUAGAAGUAGAUAUACACCAUAUGCCGAUUGCAAUAGAAAUGUAUAUAUCUAUGAUAUUAGGUGUAACGUAAUAUGUGGGAUUUGAUAGAUUUUCAAUGACUCGUGAAACAGCUUUAAUGUCUUGCUUUAUUUCGUUUUAAAUAAUCAGAAAUACUAAUAUAUGGUGCAUGGUGCAUAAAAAGUGGCGGAUCGUUCAAAUUUAUGGAACAUUUAUGAAAUUUGGCACAGUGAUAGAGAAACUCACACUGAGCAAUUCUGGAUAUGGACCCACCCCCAAAACUGUAUACUUACAGUUUUAUAGAGGUGGAAUCAAUUUCCCUGAAAACCUGAAUAAAACCAAUACUUUUCAUGUUACGAUCACAAAACUUAAUCCAGUGAUGGAUAUUAACAUGAACUAAAGUUUGACGAAAAAAUAAACCACGCCCCCUUGAUACUUACAGUUUUAGGGGGGAAUAAAUUAUUUCUUCAAGCAGCAUUAAACCUAAUACCAUUUAUUGUACAACUUUCAAACUCCACAUAAUUGUUAUACUCUUUAGAAAACUUCAUUCGAGAUAUGGACCCACGCCCAGAUGUGAGUACUUACAGUUAUACUAGAGAUGGGAGGCAAAUUGCUUAUAUAGAGUGCCUUUUCAAUACAAACUGAGAGCUAAGAUUCCAUAUAAUAACCCAUAAU